UCUUCAAUUGAUUUGACUAUAAUAUUCAUACCAUCUGCAAACAUGAGACUUCACCACUUUCACUUUUCUUAAUUUCCAUCAAACACCAAAAAACCUCUCUUUCCUUUCUUUCACUCUUUUCAUCAAACACCAUGUCUUCAAUCACCACCGCACAAGGCGCCGUCUUCGCCACCGCCAUGGCUGUCUCCGGCACCGUCAUCCUCCUCGCUCUCCGUCUCCAGAAAUCCCUCCCACCAACCCAAUUCUCCGUUCACGAAGUUCCUCCUUCUCGCCCUCCAAUUCUGCGAUCUUGUAUAUCCUCCGGUGGAAAGAAAACGAAAAAGAAGAAAAAAAGAGUUCAUUUUGCGGAGGAUGUUAUGGAUACGUGUAGAGAUGGAGAAGAGUACAGAAAGCAACAUUUGUUGAAGAUGAAUUCAAGAUCGGAGGUUUCGAGGAAUUGUAAUGGCGGAAAUGAUAACAGAGGAAUGCCUGCGAAUAGAGUUGCUUUGUAUAACGGAAUUCUCAGAGAUCGGGUUAAUCAACGAUUGGCUUAUUGUUGAAUUUAGUUUUUUUUUCUCUAUGUGAAUAUUCUGUUAUUAUGCUUUUUUUUUUAUCCUUCAGUUUUUUUAAGUACAGGAAGUAGAAAAUGGUCGCAAUUUUGCGAUUUCGGUCGAUACAGAUAUUCCGACUCUGAUUGCAGUUCUUGCGGUGUGAAUUAAUCACAAUUGUAUCGAAUAUGAUGCUGAUACCGUUUUGUUGCAGACCGAUUUUUAAAAGUAGAAAAUAGAAGUUAAUAUUGGAGGGUCCACAAGAAACAGAAAAGCUGAUAUAGUUGCAGGAUUUGUCAUGUGAAUUGUGAAGAUGAUUUUGUUCAUAUUUUUUUAGAAUAGUUUUUUCUUGUGUUGUUGGUCUCUUCAUAACUCAAAAGGCAAUUAUGUAAUGUAGACCCUUUUUUUUCUUCUUCUAGUUAUGUUAUGAUGGUUGUAAUUUGUGACAUGUAAAUACAAAAAUAAUAUUGUAGAUCUUAACAAGUUGUUGUUUUUUUAUUCUA